AUGUCCUCCGCCCGCCUGACCUCCCCCUCCAGCGACAGCGAAAACUACGACGCCAACCACAGCAACUUCCAAGACAGCUCCGACCCCGAGCUCCCCUCCUCCGACUCGUCCUCACCUCUCAUACUCUACUCGCCCCCGACCUUCUGGAGCAUAGUACGUGGCGCUGCGAUAAAUUUGGUUUUACCGUUUGUCAAUGGGUUGAUGUUGGGCUUUGGGGAGUUGGUGGCGCAUGAGGCGGCGUGGAGGUUGGGGUGGUCAGGAACGAAGAUAUUUCCGUCAUAUCGCAAUGGAGACACACAGAAGUCGCACACCGUCGGUCCUGGCGUGGUCAUGAGGGAUGACCCGGUGGAGCGGAGACGGCGAGAUGGGGAGGAGUUGGAUGCAUAUUCCGCAAUGGAAUAA